GCGACGCGGCCGCCGCAACGGCUAUCCCGCUCCCUGCACCCCCGCACCAUCACCCGCGGGACUUCGCCCUGCAGUGCACCUUUCGAGCUACAUCACAACACACAAACAGAAUCGUUAGCGCGAUCGGUCUAACAAAAUGAGUGCCUCGUCGAUGUUCGUGAUUGUUUGAUCGAGUUGUAGAGGACGUCGCCACAUCUCGGAUCGGGCGAGGGUUUCGCUCUCAAGUUGACCGCCGAUGAGCCGCUUAGGGCGUAGAUGGUGCAGGCGCGCGCGCAGGUGAGCCAUGUGAGGGGUGCGAGCGAGCGAGUGCGCGGCGGCGGAGCGAGGCCGCGCGCGGCAUGCCGGGCGGCCGCCGGGGGCUCGUCGCCCCGCAGAACACCUUCCUCGAGAACAUCAUCCGCCGCUCUUCCUCACAGCCAGACAGCAGUUUCUUGCUGGCGAACGCGCAGAUUGUUGACUACCCGAUAGUGUACUGCAACGAGACGUUCUGCAAGAUGAGCGGGUACAACCGCGCCGAGGUGAUGCAGAAGUCGUGCCGCUGCACGUGGAUGUACGGCGAGCUAACCGAGAAGGAAGCGGUGGAGCGCGUGGACCGCGCGCUCGACCACCACCUCGCCGACCAGUUCGAGAUACUACUCUACAAGAAGAACCGCACGCCGCUAUGGCUGCUGGUGCACGUGGCGCCGAUCCGCAACGAGCGCGAGCUGGUGGUGCUGUUCCUGCUCACGUUCCGCGACAUCACGGCGCUUAAACAGCCUAUUGACGCCGACGACCCCAAGGGAGGUCUGUCCAAGUUCGCGAAGCUGGCGCGCAGCGUGACGCGGUCCCGCUCCGUGCUGGUGUCGGCGCUGCCGGCGCUCAAGGAGCCGCAGCGGCAGAGCCACCUGGCGCAUGUGAUGUCGCUGUCGGGCGACGUGCUGCCGCAGUACCGACAGGAGGCGCCCAAAACUCCGCCCCACAUCCUGCUGCACUACUGCGCCUUCAAAGCCAUCUGGGACUGGAUCAUCCUGUGCCUUACCUUCUACACCGCCAUCAUGGUUCCUUACAACGUCGCCUUCAAGAACAAGACCAGCGAGGACGUGUCACUACUCGUCAUCGAUUCCAUCGUCGAUGUAGUAUUCUUUAUCGACAUAGUGCUUAAUUUCCACACGACGUUCGUGGGUCCCGGCGGCGAGGUGGUGAGCGACCCUAAAGUGAUUCGCAAGAACUACUUCAAGUCGUGGUUCCUGAUUGACUUGCUAUCGUGCCUGCCUUACGACGUGUUCAACGCGUUCGACCACGACGAGGACGGCAUCGGCAGUCUGUUCAGCGCGCUGAAGGUGGUGCGCCUGCUGCGGCUGGGCCGCGUGGUGCGCAAGCUGGACCGGUACCUGGAGUACGGCGCUGCGAUGCUUAUCUUGCUGCUUUGUUUCUACAUGCUGGUGGCUCACUGGCUGGCCUGCGUUUGGUACAGCAUCGGCCGCUCGGACGCCGACUCAGGCCUACAAUACUCAUGGCUAUGGAAACUGGCCAACGUGACACAGACGCCCUACUCAUACGUCUGGUCCAACGAGUCCGAUGGGCCCGAGCUCGUGAACGGGCCCUCGCGCAAGACCAUGUACGUGACGGCGCUCUACUUCACCAUGACCUGCAUGACCUCCGUGGGCUUCGGCAACGUCGCCGCCGAGACCGAUAACGAGAAGAUCUUCACCAUCUGCAUGAUGAUCGUGGCAGCUCUUCUGUAUGCGACGAUUUUCGGCCACGUGACCACCAUCAUCCAGCAAAUGACGUCAGCGACCGCCAAGUACCACGACAUGCUGAACAACGUGCGCGAGUUCAUGAAGCUCCACGAGGUGCCCAAGGCGCUGAGCGAGCGAGUGAUGGACUACGUGGUGUCCACGUGGGCGAUGACCAAGGGCCUCGACACCGACAAGGUGCUGAACUACUGCCCCAAGGACAUGAAGGCGGACAUCUGCGUGCAUCUGAACCGCAAGGUGUUCAACGAGCACCCGGCGUUCCGGCUCGCGUCCGACGGCUGUCUGCGAGCGCUCGCCAUGCACUUCCAGAUGUCGCACUCGGCGCCCGGCGACCUGCUCUACCACACCGGCGAGUCCAUCGACUCGCUCUGCUUCAUCGUCACCGGCAGCCUCGAGGUCAUACAGGACGACGAGGUCGUCGCCAUACUUGGCAAGGGCGACGUGUUCGGUGAUUCGUUUUGGAAGGACAGCGCUGUGGGUCAGUCGGCCGCCAAUGUGCGUGCGCUCACCUACUGCGACUUGCACACCAUCAAGCGAGACCGGCUACUCGAGGUGCUAGACUUCUACCAAGCGUUCGCGAACAGUUUCGCGCGCAACCUCACGCUCACGUACAACCUUCGCCAUCGGCUAAUCUUUCGCAAGGUGGCGGACGUGCGCCGCGAGCGCGAGCUCAUGGAGCGGCGCAAGCGCGAGCCGCAGCUGGAGCAGGCGCAGGACCAUCUCGUGCGCAAGAUCUUCUCCCGCUUCCGCCGCGAGCGGAGCGUGGCCGCCGCGCCGGCGCCCGCCCCCGCCCGUGCCUCUCCCGCACCGCCCGCCACCGCCCUCGCCACCGCCGCCGCCGCGCCGCCCGCCAGCGACGCUGAACGAGGCGACGCACCGCAGCCGCCGCCGGCCGUCGCCGCGCCGGCGCGCGGCAAGUGGGGCCGCCUGUUGGCAGGCGGAUCUCUGGAUGCGGCGCAGGCCGACACUCCCCGCGGCGCCUUUUCGCGCAGUCUGAGUGCACGCGAUCGGCCGCCUCCGUCGGGCACGGACGCGACUGCGCAAGCGUCGGCCGCAGGGGCGGUCACGUCAGCGCUAUCGCUAAAGGCGUCGUUCGCGAAGGCGCGUUCGGCGAGCGCGCUGGGCGUGGGCACGGGCUCGGCGCGACAGGACACGAUCGAGGAGGAGCUGGAGGAGCGGCGCCCCCCCGCGCUGCCCGCGCCGCCCCCCGUGACCCCCGCGCCGACCCCCGCACCUGUCUCUACGCACGACGCCGCACUCGCAGAGCUUCGCCGUGACGUGCGCAAUGAAGUACAAAGACUCCAACAGAAAUUGGGGCGGGUGGAGGAGUUGCUGACGAUGCUGGCGGCGCGGCUCGGCGCCGAGCCCGGCGACAGCCCCGGCGGCGCGGCGGGCGCGGCGAGCGCGGCGGGCGCCGACGAGCCCCGCGCGCCCGCCGCCCCGCCCGCCGACCUCGCCGCGCUCACCCGGAAACGACGCUCAAAGGCAAUCUACUCACUACUUCACAUUGUCGAUCACCUUUUGUUUACCUAUCACUUUCGCAAAUAAUAUUAGUUCAUGUGUCUGGGUCCAAGGACUAAAGGAAAUAUCCAAAUUCCGAACUGCCACCCAGCUUAGUAAAUCCCUUCCCAUCUACUUAAAUACAUUUCUAUAGAUCCCAUUACUCUAUACCGGCAUCCUGUAUUCGACAUGCGGCUGAUGAUGAUGAUAUAGACAUUCUAAUUAAAAUCUUGUAGCUGUAAGCCGUAUGAGCUGGCGUCACAAUGAUAAUGACAGCAACUGUGACAAUACACAACUGAUGUUGCAUUACGACCGUACAUGGUUACAGGCGCGGAGUAAGGGCGCCGCACCACAAGCACCCACGCCGACCACGCCGGGCGACGCGCCCAGCAGCCCGCCGGGGGGCAGCGCGGGUGUGGCGGGGGCGGCGGGCGCGGCGCAGCGCCGGCGCGACUUCGUGUAGCGCACGGCGGCGGGCGGCGCGCCGACAGACUAGCGCGCGCCCGCCGCGCCGCCCGCGCAUGCGCACCGCACGCCGCACGCGCACCGCACGCGCACCACACGCGGCACGAAGGAAUUGGAAGCGCGUUCGUAUCGACCGAAUGCGGGACUGACACGUCCGACUGUACUGUACAUAUGUAUCCGAUACAAAUAUAGCUAUACGUUAGGGGUUCACUACGAGUAGGCACGCCGCAUUACGCUUACUUGUCGCCGCUCCGUCGCCGCCGCGUCGUCGCUGCCGAGCCCCAGCCGCUUGUAACCUACACCUGAGACAUUGAUGUAACAGAUAGAUACUGUAUUUUUUAAAUAUUACACUACAAUUAAACUUUAUAAAGUUUGAACUACACAGAGACGUGCCCACACCGCUGGUGAUGACACCAGCACCACUCGAUCAAUUUUACGGGUAACCUUUAGGAAUAAAUUCGACCAAAACAUAAUAAUAUGAAAUUCUGAGAAGCUAACGGGGCAACUGGCAAUUAGAGUAGGAUAUAAUUAUGAAUUUUACCCAACUAUCUAUAGAGUUGGAUGUCGGAACCGCUAGCGGCUAGUGUCCCAUGAUGCUCGACUACCGCAAUACAAUUAUUUUAUUUUAGGUGUAACAAAAAACAUGCGAAACUAUAAGCCCACUGUGACUUCUCUCGUAAAAUACGAUGCAUGCAUAGAAUGACACAAGAAAUAUUCUUGUUCGACACGAGUAAAGAGCUGUCCGCCGUCCACCCACGCAGACGCGAGCAGAUCCGAGCAGACCCGAGCAGGUCCGAGCAGACUCGAGCAAGUUCGGUCGCGACUACGCGGUGGCGACUGCGACGCUCGCACACACACAUGCGUGUAACGAUUUGUAAAAAUGUUUAACAUAAGUUAUUGUAUAACGUUCACUUAAAACGGGAAAUACAUUAUCACAGUUUGUUUUCACAUCGACGGAGCAUUGACACGAACGACCAAGCGUUUUAUAUUCCCAUCAUUCUUAUCACAACGCCGGCGCCGCUGUGCCGAGUGGCGCCCGAGGAUCGCGGCGGCACCGUUGCCCUGAUCGCUCCUUGUUGACGUUU